AUGAGUAAAUUAAUUGUUGUCAUUGGAGCUACUGGAAAACAAGGAGGAAGUGUCAUUAAGCAUCUUCAAAAGCAAGGCAAUUGGAAAUUGAGAGGAAUUACCAGAGAUUCCAACUCAGCCAGAGCCAAAGAACUUGCCGAACAAGGUGUUGAAAUUGUUUCAUGCAAUAUGAGUAAUAAGGAAGCUCUUGCAGAGGCAUUCAAAGGUGCUUAUGGUGUUUUUGGUGUAACAACUCCAGGAAGAUUUGGUUCAGUUGAUCAUGAAAAGGAAUUGACCGAAGGAUUGAAUUUGGUUGAAGCAGCUGUUAAGAAUAAUGUUCAACAUUUUGUUUUCAGUUCAUUGGAUGAUGUCACUAAGGCAUCUGGUGGUAAAAUUUCAGUUCCUCAUUUCACUAACAAGAAUAAGGUUGAGCAAGAAGCAAGAAAGACCAACAUUCCAUUCAAGACUUUUGUUUACCCACCAUUUUUCGCUGACAAUCUUCCUGGAAUGAUGUUCAGAUUGAAUGAAGACAGAGCUAGUGCCAUGAUCUUUGCUGGUGUGAAUACUGACAGAAAACUUCCAGUAUUUGGAGUUGAUGAUUUGGGAAUUGUUGUUUCUGAAGUAUUCAAGCAUCCAGAAAAUUACAAUGGAAGAAAGCUCCUUACUGCUGGUGAUUAUGUAUCCCUUAAGGAAAUGGCUGAUAUUUGCACUACAGUAUUAAAUGUCCCAACUCAAUACGUUGCAAUGGAUGCCGAAACUGUUGGUCAAAGAAUGGGUUCUGAAGCAAAGAAUAUGUUCAUGUACUUUAAUGAAUGUGGCUAUUAUCAAGAUAAUGAGCAACAAGCUGUUAAAGAAGCAAGAGAAUUAUUCCCUGGUUUAUUGACCUUUGAACAAUAUGUUGAAAAGAAUAGUCAACUCUUUUUGAAGUAA